AUGUCGCUACAGCAUUUUGGAAAGGGCGCUCUGCGGAUUGCCAAAAAUUACACCAAAGGUUACUCGGACACGCAAGCCAAAGUUCGUGAUGCUACCUCGAACGAUCCAUGGGGUCCCUCCGGGACGCAGAUGAACGAACUUGCCCAGCUGACUUACAAUCAGAAUGACUUUGUAGAGAUCAUGGAGAUGCUCGAUAAGCGGCUCAACGACAAGGGUAAGAACUGGAGACACGUCUUUAAGUCGCUCACCGUGCUUGACUAUCUCCUCCAUGCCGGUUCCGAAAAUGUCGUCCUUUACUUUAAAGACAACCUAUAUAUCAUCAAGACUCUGAAGGAAUUUCAAUACAUCGAUGAAGAUGGCAAAGAUUGUGGCGCAAAUGUGCGACAGAAGGCCAAAGACAUAACGAAUCUGCUGAGCGAUGCUGGCCGACUCCGGGAAGAGCGUCGCAGCAGAGCCAACAUGCGUGAUAGAAUGCUGCGAGGAACGGAAACACCUGGAUAUGCACCCGGAUAUGAUGACGAAGGCGACGAGAAUCCUGUCAGAAGAUCGUCUGGGAGUCAACCUCCCCGCAAGAAUCGUGGCACAGACAAGGACGAAGAAGAUCUUCGACGGGCUAUCGAGGCCUCUAAACGAACGCUUGCUGAAGAGCAGACUCGGGCAACAGAGGAUCGCGAUUUGGAGACUGCGAUCAGGCUUAGUAAAGAGGAGGAAAUGAAGAGGAACAAGGCAGUAGAGGACUCUAAUGCGUCAGCCUUGUUUGACGAUCAGGCCCAAUUACAAACUCCUACCAGCAACUCAAACAACCCCUUCCCAUUCCUUGAUCCCAACCCUUAUGCCACUGGGCUCCAUCCACAACCUCAACUACAGGCGCAGUUCACAAUUCAGCCCCAAUACACUAUGCAACCCCAAUUCACGUCCUUCAACCCAUACCAACAGCAGGCUCAACAAGAAGCGAUGCAGGCUGAAUAUAUGCGGCAACAACAAGAAUGGCUACGUCAACAACAAGAGAUACAGGCUCAGCAACAACAGGCGCUUCUACAACAACAACAGCAGGAGGAGUGGCUACGGCAGCAACAAGCACUGCAAGCCCAACAUCAAGCCCAGCAACCGCUAUUUGUCCAGCCUACGGGAUUCGGGUUAGUUACCUCCAGAUGGCAUACACACACCUGCGGCUCAUCCCGUCUUUUAGCUCAAACAAUCCGUUCGCACCCUCAGUAUCUCCAGCCCCAGCAUCUAGCACGCCAGUUAACGGCAGCAAUGGACCCGUUUUCAAUCUACAGGGCACAUUUGCCAACUCUUCUUCACCAUCAUACGUUUCAACGCCCUCUCCGGCACCGCCACUUUCAUCUGCUUCGUCCAGAACGACGAAUGGAUUCAGGUUCCAGCGAACCGGCCAGGGGUCCAACGCGUACCGACCAAGAACACUCUCAUCUCGCAAACCUCCUUGCUAAUCGUGACGAUGGACAAGACACCUUCGGAAACACUGGUAUGCUUCGGUACGGUCAGACACAGGCUGGCCGGCUUGCUGUCCAUAAGACCGGGGCUGGGGCCAAUAACCCAUUUGCGCAAGGACACCAGCAAUCGACUGACCAGCCGUUUUUCUCCGUAUGA